UUCACGGUCUGCAUUCUGGUGACAAAGAAAAAUCCAUCCAUGGAGAACUGUGAACAUUAUGCCACAUGCCCAAGUGGCUGGAUUGGAUUUGGAAGUAAAUGCUUUUAUUUUUCUGAAGACGUGGGAAACUGGACAUUCAGGCAGUCCUCCAGCAUGGCACUAGAUGCCCAUCUAGCUCUGUUUGACAACCUGGAGGAGGUGAUUUUUCUGAAGAGAUACAAGGGAUCUUCUAACGACUGGAUUGGCCUGCACAGAGUGUCAACAGAGCAUCCUUGGAUAUGGACAGACAGUACUGAGUAUAACAAUGUGGUUGUCACCCAAGGAGGAGGAGAAUGUGCCUACCUGAAUGACAGUGGGAUCCACAGUGGCCGGGGCUACACACGUAGGAAGUGGAUUUGUAACAAGCCCAACAGCUACACCAUACAGUGCCCACUAGUUGUAGAUCCAGGCUAGGGAAUGUGCCAAAGCAUGCGUGAGAAACAGAUGCUCUGUGACCUGUUAUCUACAGUUGCUGCUAUACUCAGGAUCUAGCAAAGCCAUUAUCAAAAUCCAUCAAUAAUCACAUUGACAGCAAAGAUGAAAACUAGCUUAGAGGGUCAUAGAUACACUACAUAAAUUUGGAUAGAUAAUUCUAAAUCAAAUAGGUGUUUGGGUAUGAGUUACUACUGAAAUCUAAAAGUAUAGGAUAAACAAAUCUGUGUUAGUGACCUCCAUUUUAUGAUCACAUAUGAACUGUUUUCAUUGGUCCUUGCUAUGAAUUCAGGGGAACUAAAAAUGUGGGUGACUGAAACCAUGGAAAUGAUUCUGUUAUCACAGGAAAGAUGAUAAUUGUUCUGUGGUCUCCAAAUAUUAUAGUAAAUACGGCCAUUAUUCUUUUCAUAAAUUCAAUGACCAAUCUGAAGGCAGAUCUA